GCUUCUUCCAGUCCUUACCAGAGCGCGCACACGCGCCUCUCUCCCCAAACUGCUCGCACCUGGCAGAGGGCGGAGGAGCCCCAUUACGCGCACCCGCGCCUCCUCUCUCUCCUCUCCAUGCCAGCGCCGUCGCAAACAUGGUGCAGAAAUCCCGCAACGGCGGGGUUUACCCAGGCCCGCAGACCGAGAAGAAGCUCAAGGUGGGCUUUGUGGGGCUCGAGGCGGCCGCGGCGGAUUCAAGUCGUGAUGGUGCGCUGCUCAUCGCGGCUAGUGAUGCGACCAAGCGCGGCAGCAUCCUGAGCAAACAACGCUCCGGCAAGAAGCCGCCCAAACGCAACGCCUUCUACAGGCGCCUGCAGAAUUUCCUCUACAAUGUUCUGGAGAGACCACGAGGCUGGGCAUUCAUCUAUCACGCUUAUGUGUUCUUGCUGGUGUUCUCCUGUUUGGUACUGUCUGUGUUCUCAACCAUCAGGGAGUAUGAAAAGAGCUCUGAGGAUGCCUUGUACAUACUGGAAAUUGUAACGAUCGUGGUGUUUGGCGUUGAAUACAUUGUAAGAAUCUGGUCAGCAGGAUGUUGUUGCCGAUACAGAGGAUGGAGAGGCAGGCUAAAAUUUGCGCGGAAACCUUUUUGCGUCAUAGACAUCAUGGUGCUAAUAGCCUCCAUCUCAGUGCUGGCAGCCGGUACACAGGGCAAUGUAUUUGCCACCUCAGCCAUCAGAAGUCUCCGCUUCCUCCAGAUCCUCCGCAUGAUUCGUAUGGAUCGUCGUGGAGGAACCUGGAAACUGCUGGGGUCUGUUGUCUAUGCUCACAGCAAGGAGCUGAUCACAGCUUGGUACAUUGGCUUCCUGUGUCUGAUCCUGGCCUCCUUCCUUGUGUAUCUGGCUGAGAAGGAGGACAAUGAGAUGUUUGCAACUUAUGCUGAUGCACUGUGGUGGGGUCUGAUCACGCUGACCACAAUAGGGUAUGGAGAUAAGUAUCCAAUAACGUGGAAUGGACGUCUUCUUGCAGCUACGUUCACCCUGAUUGGCGUGUCCUUCUUUGCCUUGCCUGCUGGAAUCUUGGGCUCUGGCUUUGCCUUGAAAGUCCAGGAGCAGCAUCGACAGAAACAUUUUGAGAAACGACGGAAUCCAGCUGCAGGACUCAUUCAGGCAGCCUGGAGAGUGUAUGCUACCAAUCUUUCACGCACAGACCUGGAGUCCACCUGGGACUAUUAUGAGAGAACUGUGUCUGUCCCUAUGUACAGACUCAUCCCCCCUCUUAACCAGCUCGAUCUGCUGAGAAAUCUGAAGAGCAAAUCUGGCCUUUCUUUUAGGAAGGAGGCACAACCAGAGCCAUCACCAAGUCAGAAGGUUAGUCUGAAAGAACGAGUGUUCUCCAGCCCGAGAAGCUCAGGAACAAAGGGAAAAAGUUCACCCCAAAGCCAGCAGCCUCUGAGACGCUCUCCCAGUGCAGAUAAUAUUGAAGACAGUCCUUCUAAGGUGCCCAAGAGCCUGAGCUUUGGUGACCGUAGCCGUGCUAGACAAGCGUUUCGCUUCAAAGGGGCGGCUUCACGACAAAACUCAGAAGUGCUGAUUGAGAUGCAGGCAGAAGAUUUGAGGCAGAAGAGCUCUCCAGAAGCCAGCCUUCCUGGAGAAGACAUUGCUGAUGACAAUAAGAGCUGCCAUUGUGAGUUUGUUCCACAAGAUUUAACACCAGGAAUUAAAGUUACCAUCAGGGCGGUGUGCAUUAUGCGGUUUAUGGUGUCAAAGAGAAAGUUUAAGGAGAGUCUCCGACCUUAUGAUGUGAUGGAUGUUAUUGAGCAGUAUUCAGCUGGACAUCUAGACAUGUUGGCCAGGAUUAAAAAUCUGCAGUCCAGGAUAGAUAUGAUAUUGGGUCCUCCAGGUCCCACCACUCCCCGCCAUAAGAAGUAUUCAACCAAAGGAACCAAAGAGUCGCCCCAGUUCUCACCUAGGGUUGACCAGAUUGUUGGCAGAGGUGCUCCAAUCACAGACAAGGAUCGUCCUAAGAGCUCAACAGAAGCAGAAAUUGCAGAGGACCCAAGUAUGAUGGGAAGGCUUCUGAAAGUAGAGAAACAGGUCAUGUCAAUGGAAAGAAAACUUGAUUUCUUGGUGAAUGUCUACAUCCAGCGAAUGGGAAUCCCACAGUCUGAGACAGAUGCCUACUUUGGUUCUAAGGAGCCUGACCCAGCCCCGCCAUACCAUAGCCCAAUUGAGCAUAUGGAUAAGUAUGGCUCUAUUACCAAGAUCAUCCGUUCCAACAGCUCAACGGGUCAGAAAAAUCUUGAUGCACCUCCAUCUGCAUGUGCUAACCAGAACAACUGCCCUCCAUCCACCUCUUGGCAACCCCAUUCCCUUCCUGGACCGCCUCAGUGCUGCAGAGGCACCUCUCCAGUAGGUGACACCUCCUUGGUGCGAAUCCCACCCCCACCAACUCAUGAGCGCUCCUCCAGUGGCCAUAAUGGCUCCAACCGAGGCUCUCGUGGUAGUGCUGUGGAAGAGGUAAAGCCUGAAGCUGUGUCACAGCAGCAGGCAGGUGCUGACAGUGACACCUCCAUCUCAAUUCCUUCUGUGGAUCACGAGGAGCUUGAGCGCUCCUUCAGUGGCUUCAGUAUCUCCCAGUCUAAAGAGAACUUAGACUUCCUUAACAAUGCAUAUUUCACUGGCGUGACACGUUGCUCCAAAGCGAGGCCCUACAUCGCAGAAGGUGAGUCAGAUACAGACUCUGAACUUUGUGCCCCUUCACCUCAUUCUGCCACUGGAGAAGGAGCAUACAGUGACAGGGGCUGGUCUGGUCCCAAGUAAAUCUGAAAGUGAGCUUUCAAAGUCGGAUUUUCUGCUGGGGGUGGUAACCUCUGAAACCAAACACAGGCCACAUGUGGCAGGAAGCUGUAUUUGUUAAAACCACACCUACUUAUUACAUAUACAGCACAGAAAUCCAUGCCAGAAUCCUGGUAGUAAUGCCAACUGCCUAAAUGAUGGAGCUUUCUGGUACUUAAGAAUUUCCUAGACAGGUGGUACCUGUACUUGUGGCUGUGACCUCUAAAGGUGUCAUUCUUCUUCUGAGAGACAAGCAUCUGCUGCUCAGUCAUCGUGCAUCUUUCCUUAAACAAACUAAGCAAGAGAACGUCAAAGUAAAAGAUAAGUCAGCAAGACUUAAAAAAAUGGCAUAGUUUGUCUUCACCUUAAGUCACAAUGUUCUUCACCCUCAUCAGACCACCCUUUCUUGUCUUUUCACUCUGUCUUAUUACUUAUUAGUUUCUUGUUGUCCACAUAAGCCCAUGGAUGCACUUCAAAAUAUAAACGGCUUUAAAAUGG